AUGGCAUUUCGCGGAACUCCUCGUGGCGGUCGCGGCGGCGGCUUCGGCGGACGACGCGGCGGAAUGGGAGCUUCUUCUUUUGGACCUCCAGACACUGUCGUUGAAAUGGGCAAAUUUGUACACGACUGCGAAAACGAAAUGUUCUGCGAAUCGAUAAACACCAAGAUUCCCUACUUCAACGCGCCCAUCUACCUGGAGAACAAGACGCCCAUUGGCAAGGUUGACGAGAUCAUGGGCCCGUUGAACCAGGUCUACUUCACCAUCAAGCCGCAAGAAGGCAUACAGGCAAAGUCGUUCAAGGCCGGCGACAAAUUUUACAUUGGAGGCGACAAGCUGCUCCCCCUUGAUAGGUUCCUGCCCAAGCCCAAGCCCGUCGGAGGCGUUACAAAGGUCAAGAAGCCCGCUGGUGCAGGCCGUGGAGCACCACGAGGUGGAUCUCGCGGCUUUGGAGGCCGCGGUCGUGGCGCACCGCGAGGACGAGGCGGACCUCCGGGACGUGGAGGCUUUGGUGGCCGUGGUGGAGGUCGUGGCGGAAGCGGUGGCUUCUCAAGAGGUGGACGCGGUGGCGGUGGCGGUUUUGGCGGACGCGGACGAGGAGGAUACUAA